UCAGGCACCAGGGACAUAGGAGGAGGCAGGAGCUUGGGGUUUGGGGUGCAGCCUGCUGCCUGUGGCUCUGCUCACCCUCCCUCAGAUGUCCAGCAAGGUGACCAUUGGCAGUGACAUUGGGCAAGCCCGCCGGGCCGUGGAGCAGCUGCGGAUGGAGGCGGGCAUUGACCGCGUGAAGGUGAGGAAGGGUGAGGCGGGCGCGUCUGAGAGAGCAGGGCAGGUGGACGGCCCAGCCCAGGUCGGGCUAACCGGGUUGGUCUGCAGGUAUCCAACAGCUGCCGACCUGCUGCAGUUCUGCACAGAGCAGGCCAAGAGCGACCCGUUUCUCGUGGGCAUCCCAGCUGCCACCAACCCCUUCAAGGAGAAGAAGCCCUGCGCCAUCCUGUGAACCCUGUAGCCCGGACCACCCAGGGGGCCUCAAUAAAGAUGAAGUGAGUGCUCCUCAGGGCAUGGCUUGGCCAAGCUUCCGUGGUGGACUUUGGGUUUGUAGGGACCAGGUGUGGGGUGUGCCUGGCCCAGCCUCCCUCCUCGCCCACGCCAGGGUCACGGCCACAGAGGCACACCCUGGACCCUGAAUAGAGGAGCAUGCCCCUCCCUCACCUACCCCUUCCCUGACUGCCCCCCUCCCCAUGGCCCAGGGGGUAGCAUUAGCAGA